AUGUCCAAUUUGAUUCUAGAAUAUGUACAAGAAGAUGAUGGGGGAUCAACAACUUCGAACAACCAAGCUGAUGAUGUUCCCAAAAUACCUUCUUCGCGUAGCUCAACUGAUGCAGGACAGUAUCACCCAACAGCCUACUCUUUUUUGAUGCCUUGGGAAAGUUCAACUUACAUCCUACAAAACUCUGUAACCAUUGAGGAAUUUCCAUCCAAUGAAAUCCUUACGAUCAAUAGUCCCGCUGUAGUUGAAUUGAACGGUGGAGAUACAUAUGAGAAAACUGUUCUACAAAAUACUGACAUCUGA